AUGAACGGAAGUUCGGAUUCCAACCGAACGGCUUCAAAAACUACAUCGAACCAAUCUGACUCCGAUGGAGAUCCUCUGUUGAACAUGCUCAUGAGACUCCAAGAAGCGGCUAAUUACACGAGAGGACCAAUAAACGGCAAUGAAAAAAUCGAAAACAGACAAGGAAAACCCGAAUCCAUUCCGGAAAUUAUGGAAAAUUCGAAAACGUCGGAAUCCUGUUUU